GUAGGUUUUUAGGUUAUGUUUAUAAUAAUAUUUUGGUUUUAUCACUGGUGGUUUUAAUGAUGAUUUUUAUUCUUAGUUUUGUGAGUAAGUAAUUUUUUCAAUGUUUUGUUUAGUGCAUAAUUUUUUUUACCAAUUCUAGCAAACAUGAAAAGCAAAUACAGUAUUAAACAACGGAAAGUUCCAGCGCAAAACGUCAUCAAUCGCCUAUUUAUCCGCGAAACAUUUGGCGUCAAAAAACCAGGCACACAUCUACAUUUCGCCAGAUCAUUUCAUCUAAACGUGUUUCCAAAUUUUACAAUAAUCAACGUUGAGAAACCACCAUGCUUUCUACGCAAAUUCAGCCCCGACGGACAUUACUUUGUAGCGUUCUCAUCGGAUCAAACUUCUUUGGAAAUCUAUGAGUAUCAGGGUUCAUCAGCGGCUGCCGAUCUCAUCCACGAAUGUCAAGGAGACUAUAUUGGUAAUAAAAACGAUGAAUGGAGUGAGUUUGUUCGAAACCAAGUGUUUUCGAGGUUUUUUAAGCCUAAAUUCACGGUGAACGUCGCCCAAAGUGGCGAACAACUAAAUCGGGAAUGUAGUCUGUUUACGGACGACGGCAGAUAUGUGAUUGUAGGGUCCGCAGCAUAUAUCCCAGAAGAUUUGCGACCUCAUUUCUAUGAAGUAUACACGAAUAACGAAGCAGUGACACCUAAUCCUCGGUCUCCACUUGAAGAUUAUUCGCUCUAUAUAGUGGACCUACAUUGCGGCAAACUGUGUGACACGCGUGAACUUAAAGUGGACAAAAUAUUUCUGUCACACAAUCAGGGAAUCUACCUGUACGGUGACACAUUGGCCGUACUUUCUGUUCAACAUCAAACUAUACAUAUUUUUCAAAUAAUUGAUGGUAUGUUCAUAGAUGUAAGGAAGAUUGGACGAUUUUGUUUUGAAGAUGACGACUUUUUGAUAUCAAAUGUUAUUUCAUGUGGAAGAAAUUAUCGGCCUUUUCGAGAGGAAGCAAUUAGUUCGUUAAAACAUAGAUUGCUUGUGUUUUUAUAUAGGAGAGCUAAACAGAUAUGUGAUGAAACUGGGGACCCCCUCGAGAUUCGCAAGUUUUGUCAGUAUUUUGAUCAAUUGGCCAGCCUACGCAUGUGGAAGAUGCAACUGUUAGACGAGUCGCAUCUACUGCUGAAGUACGCGUGCGAGGAUGUGGUGACCCUGAAGGCGACCGAGCCCAAUUCACAACCAUGCUUCUUCGUCGUCUACAACAUGCUCACAGCGCAGGUGCUGGCUGUAUUCGAGAACACAUCGGAAGACCUGUUGCACAUCUUCGAGAACUUCUGCGACAAUUUUCGCAACGCGCGUCUCAGCCAAGAGUCCAAACUCACCUGUUCGCCUUCAAAUAACCUCUAUGCUAGACUGGCGCAACAGCGUUUCAAGCAGACGAUAGUGAGCGCUCGCUUUGGAGGCCAUACGGAGGCUACAAAGAGGAUGCUCGCACAGCUACCGAUCAGCGCCCAGUCGUACACGAGUUCGCCCUACCUCGACCUCUCACUCUUCAGCUAUGACGACAAGUGGGUUUCGGUCAUGGAGAGACCCAAGGCUUGUGGCGAACAUCCUAUCAGAUUCUAUGGCCGCAACUCGGGUCUGCUGAAGUUCCGCAUCAGCGCGGGGCUUUUGGGCCGCAGCGCUCCCCCUGCAGCACGCCGCCUGGUUGCAUUCACUUUCCACCCCACCGACCCCUUCGCUAUCAGUGUGCAGCGCACCAAUGCCGACUACAUUGUCAACUUCCAUAUACGCCAUACGCGAUGCUGACCAACGCCCAUUGUGGAAGUGGCCAACGUAGUCAUAAUGGAGCAGCAAUGAUAGAGAAGCUAGUCAAGUUGAAAAAGGAUAGAGCUAUCUGCUUUGUCUAAUGGUAGACAAGGAUGCCAAACCAAUGUUAAUCAGGCUCUAACUUAAUAAUUUAUCCAUUUACUUUGCAAGUAACCGAGAAGCUUGCAAAGAGGGUAGUCGAGAAGGUUGCAGAGAAGAUAGCUGAGGGUCUUGAAAGGUGGAGCAUGCAGCAUCUUAAGGCUGUGCAAAGGCUAAAAAUAAACUUUCUACUUGUGAUAUUUUUCAAAGUUUUUCGAUUUGUAUAUCAUCAAGCUAUCAAAAUGAAAAAGUUUUCUUAGGAAAACAUUUUUUUCUGAUCAUUAAUUUUUGAGAUAUGAGCGCCUAAAGCUUAAAUUUUUGGGACAGAACAUUUCAAAUUCGGUAAGAGAUAAAUCCAUGAAUUUGGAGGAUAGAUUCUUCAUGUUAUUGUUGAUCUAGUAAAACAAAAAUGUUUCUAAAAAUAUCAAUUUCCAAGAUAGUUAUUCAAUUUACUAAAAAUAACUUUCUGUUUAGUUAUUUUUGUUAAAUUGAAUAACUUUUUCAAAUAUUGAUAUUUUCAGAAAAUUUUUGUUCUACUAGAUCAUGAAUACCAUGAAGAAUCCAUCCUCUAAAUCUCAUGGAUUUAUAUCCUACCAAAUUUGAAAUGUUCUGUUCCAAAAAUUCAAACUUCAGGCGCUCAUAUCUUGAAAAGUAAUGAUCGGAAAAAAAUGUUUUCGCGAGAAAACUUUAUCAUUUUGAUAGCUUGAUGAUAUACAAAUCGAAAAACUUUGAAAAAUAUCACAAGUAGAAAGUUUAUUUUUAGCCUUUGCACAGCCUUCGCCUUCUCCGUUUCCUUCUACCCUCCACCACACCGACCCGUUCGCCAUAUCAACUUGAAGUACCGACUAUAUUCUCAACUUCCUCAGGCUGCUCUUCACAGACUGAUGACAUCAACUCAGCAAAUUGUGUUGAUAAAUGUUGAAAGAAAAUUGAAAGUAGUUGCUAUCAAAAAAUAGUGGAGCGGCGAUGGUAGCGGGUAGCAGCGAAGGUAGCAAAAAUGGUAGUCGAGAAGGAAGCCGAGGAGGCUUCUAUGCGGGUAGCUGAGAAGGGAUCCGAGAAGGUAGUGGAGGAGUAUUUCCGGGUGUUGUUGUUUCAACUAUAGAUGAGUAAAUUGCAAUGAUAAGCAAUCAACUCACUUAUCGGAUUCACGCGAUAUUCACUUGUAUUACAUAUUGAUUUAUCAUAUUACUUGUAUAAUUAUGUAUUUUUAUCAUUGACGAAUAAAUAAUAAUAUAAUAUUUAUAAAAUUUGCAACUUCCUUAUUCCUAUAUUGGAAUAAUGUGCAAUAAUAAUAUAGAGAUGAUUUCAAUGAAAUAAAACUAUAUUUUUCCGAA